CAGUUGUGUAGAUCACUGAGAGACUAAGAGGGUCCAGUUCAGUUUUAAUUCUGUCUCUAAUCUCCGCAAUAGCAGCGCUUUCCCCAUCCCAAACCCAGCUAGCUCGCUACCUGGCCGAAUAGCCCUGCUGCCGCCAGCGCCACCGGCACUUCCUCGGCAGGCUGCCACCGUCCCCAAGCUCCCACCCCACCCUCCUCAGCCCUGCCACCCUGGUGCCCACUUUCCCUGGCCAUGGAAACCGGAGGAGAAAAAGUGGCCCCGGACGCCCGUGCCUGAGGAUUCUGUGCGGAGAAGGCAUCCAAAAAUGAAGACCUUGAUGCGCCAUGGGCUGGCUGUAUGUCUAGCGCUCACCACCAUGUGUACCAGCUUGUUGCUCAUGUACGGCGGCCUCGGUGGCGGCCAGAAGGAAUCCCCCCAGCAACGCGAACAGGAGCAGGCAGCGUCUGGGGCCACUGGCAAACCGGCAGCGGAGAGCAGCCUGCGCCUGGGGACGGCCGGAAGCAACGGACAACUAGGGCAGUCUCCGCAGCGCCUGGGAAUUCCUCAGGAGGGGCGGCUGCUGGAUGGAUACAUCAGCGUCCUGGAUCAUAAGUCCCUGAAGAUGCACUGCAAAGACUGUGCCCUGGUGACAAGCUCAGGGCACCUUCUGGGGAGCCGGCAGGGAGAGCGCAUUGACCAGACCGAGUGCGUGAUCCGCAUGAAUGACGCGCCUACCCGCGGCUACGGUGGGGACGUGGGCAACAAAACAAGCCUCCGAGUCAUCGCCCACUCCAGCAUCCAGAGAAUUCUCCACAAGCGACAGGAGCUCUUAAACGUGAGCCAAGGGACAGUGUUCAUCUUCUGGGGGCCCAGCAGCUACAUGCGGAGGGAUGGCAAAGGGCUGGUCUACAACCACCUCCAACUGAUGAAUCAGGUCCUCCCUCGCUUAAAAGUCUUCAUGAUCACGCGUCACAAGAUGCUCCACUUCGACGAUCUCUUCAAGCAGGAAACUGGCAAAGACAGGAAGAUCUCCAACACUUGGCUCAGCACUGGCUGGUUCACAAUGACAAUCGCAUUAGAACUCUGUGACCGAAUAAAUGUCUAUGGCAUGGUGCCCCCCGAUUUCUGCAGGGACCCCAAUCACCCUUCAGUACCUUAUCACUAUUAUGAGCCUUUGGGACCCGACGAAUGUGCGAUGUACAUGUCACACGAGAGGGGACGGAAGGGGAGCCACCACCGGUUCAUCACAGAGAAGCGCGUCUUUGAGAACUGGGCCCGGGCAUUCAACAUCCACUUCUUUCAACCGGACUGGAAGCCAGAAUCACUUGCUAUAAACCACCCUGAGAUCAAACCAGUGUUCUAAAGAAUGGAUGUACCAAGCUGUAAUUCCUGUCCCCUCGAAUAUCAAGUUUCAGGGUCUUAAACUUCCCUUGGGGCCAGCCAAUGUGAAAAGGAAAGUUAACGGGCCUGCUCCAGUACUCGAGAGGCCCCCUUGAAGGAGUACGUACAAGGCGUGACUAUCUAGCAAUCCAGCCCGUCUCCCCCCUUUUACCCGACAUACCAGAAUUUUAUCCAGCCAAAGGAGCACUGUCUCCUCCACAGCAGUCAGCUUGGGAGGCCCUAUCCCAACAAUGCCACCAUUGCUGAAAACAGCCAGUUUAUGAGCCAUGAAGAAAAGGCACAUGAUUGCUCGGCAGUCACACCUUGUAAGAGAACGUUGCCUGUUGGACUGUAUCUUAACCUAAUACCAAUGUGUGUAGGACUCGUCCAAGGCAACCUGGGCCAGUCUAGAUGUGGCUUUUAAAUAGCACAUUUCCACAGACUUCCUUAAUGGGAAUCUAGAGUCUUUGAUUAUCAAGGGAUUUUUAUGGACACUAGGCCAGCGUUUGCUCGGUGUUUUUCUACACUUAGCCAUGUGGUUCUUUCUUUUUCACAGCCCUUUGUGUCUCAAAUGAAAAUGGAUGAUGGUUUGGGGAGGCUUCCCUUUAAGUUGA